GCCGACUCUUCACAAUGAGACAGGCUUACCGCGUGAGAAGUCACUGGGAGUCCUGAGCCAGCGCCGCUGUGGGAUGCCUGAUGAGGAUCACAGCUCGCUCAAGCCAGGAAGCUCCAAGUGGAACAAGUCCAACCUGACCUACAGCAUCAUCAAUUUUCCAAAUGGCUUGAAACCAUCCACUGUGAGUGUUAUUAUACAUAACGCCAUUUCUGUCUGGAGCAAAGUGACCCCUUUGAUAUUUCAGCAAGUGGCAAGCCAGGAUGCAGACAUUAAGCUUUCUUUUUGGAAGAGAGGCCAUGGAGACUGCUGGUCCUUUGAUGGGCCAGGUGGUAUCUUAGGACAUGCCUUUUUACCAGAUUCUCAACAUUCGGGAACUGUUCAUUUUGACAAGGAUGAACAUUGGUCAACUUCAAACAAAGGAUCUAAUCUGUUCCUGGUUGCCGUUCAUGAGAUUGGUCAUUCUCUGGGUCUGAAACAUUCUAAGAAUGCAAAAUCUAUAAUGUAUCCCAUCUAUUACUAUCAGAAUCCUAAAAAGUUCCACCUCAGUGCUGAAGAUAUCCAAAGAAUUCAGCAACUUUAUGGAGAAAAGGAUUCAUCUGAAAUGCCCUAAUAUUGGCUUGGAAGAAUUAUUUAACCUGGCUAUUCAAUGACUUUAUUGGAAGAUAAGAGAAUUUAAAACCUGGAAGCAGCCUUGAGAACUGGAACUAAGCUCUAAAAAAUAGAAAUUAAGAUAGAUGAAAAAAAUUUUUUUAAAGGAUAGAUGAAUCAACACAGGACACCUGUAGGUCAUAAUAAAGAUAGAUUUAAA